GUUGCGAGGACUCAAGCGAAACUCCAGUGAUGGAAAAGCGAAGCUAUUGUUUCCUCGGUGUCCCGCAGGACUGAAGAGACCGUGACAUUUUAUAAUGACGUGAAACAAAAUAUGUUCAUCAUAUCAGUCACUGAGGAGCAGAAGGAGCUUUCCCCUUUCCUCACUUAGCUGAAGGUUUAGCUGUACUUGGGCACUUGUCGUAACCCCGGACACUAGCCAGGUUAGCCGCUGGCUCGGUGCUGAUCUUUGCUAACAGGAUUGAGGCAUCAACAGGUGGAUUUCCUGUGUGUGACAUUCGCCUCCAAUGGCCUCCAGAGUUUGGCAGCACCCAUACGUCAACAUAUUCAAACAUGUGAGGAUUGAAGAGUGGAAAAAGUCAGCAAAAGAAGGAGAUGUGGCGACAUACACGGACAAGACACUGAAGUGUUCAGUGUUGCGGAUUAAGGGGCCUGUUCCAGCCAGUAAUUACAUCCUUAUACCUAAAAGCAGCAGUCAGUCGCUGGGGCUAACAGGGCACUAUUUCUACCUGCUGUUCAGGCCCACACCUGCCAAGUACUUUGUUGUGCACCUGGAUGUUGCUGCAGAGGAGGGCCAGGUUGUCCGCGUGUCUUUUUCCAACAUGUUCAAGGAGUUCAAGUCUACAGCUACGUGGCUGCAGUUUCCUUUCCUGUGCGGAGCUGCGAAGGACUCUGUCUAUGAAAGCACAGCCAAGUCAGCCAGACGGGAUCUGGUGGGUCCUGCCCCCUCUAUGGUGCGUUGGACCUGCCUAAUGUUAGACCUGCAGUACAUUCUCUCUGUCUACCUCAGCCGCUGCCACAGUCACCUGAAGAGCAUCAAACUCUGUGCCAACAUGUCGGUGAAGAACAUGUUCACCACUGACCUGCUUUUAGAUCCUGGAGUGUCCUUCAGUGAAGCCAAGCUAAUGGGCUUGGCCUCCUCUCAGGGUACAGGUCCCAUGCCUAGGGACAUGUCCUUCCCCGUGCCCAACGGAGACCACUGGCACGACCUGUAUGAUUACAUCAGGUUUCCCUCGCAAGGAGCAAGGCUUCCCUUUGACUCCAUUCAGAAAGAUAAUCUCAACUCUGUGUCUACCCAAAAAAGCCCAAUGAGAAAGGAGUCUCGCUGUGUCACCAUCAGCAAACCAGUGCAGGACCGUGUGUCCCUGAUCCAACAGAUCACCUCACCAAGACCACUCCCAAGGAGUCAAGCCCCCCUGGUGACCAGUGUGCCUGAGCGGGGUGUUGUUUCCACCGUGCAGAAUGGAAAGGCCUCCAAAGAGGACUGGUUUUGUUACGGUGAUGACCAGCAUCUGCAGGGGUCAUCAGGCUCCAUUUCACACCGACCAGCAUCAAGGACAUCUGGUGGUGCUGACAACAGAGGAGUACACGUGUAUGUGCACCCUGAGGAUGACUUUAGCACCCACAGGGAAGACAGCGAGGAGGAAAAGAUUGUUCCAGUUUCACACCCUGUCCAGCUACCAUCAUCCAAGGAAACCAAACAGCAGAAGCUGCUCCCAGACCCAAUUCUCAGGCUCAACCAGAUCAUCGGCUUUGGAGGAGCCAGCACCAAAUGUGCUUUGUGGACCAAAUCUGGUGAUGCAGUGGUGUAUCCCUGUCACGCCAUCAUCGUCUCUAUGAAGAUAUCCUCUAGCCAGCAGAGGUUCUUCAUCGGCCACACUGAUAAGGUAUCAGCGCUAGCAUUCAAUGGCAACACCACAGUGCUGGCCUCAUCCCAAACUGGCAACCAUAGUGUAGUGCGAGUGUGGAACUACAACGAAGGAAACUGCCUGGCCAUGUUCAGGACUCACACUCAUUCAUUGUCCUCUCUAAGCUUCUCAUACAGCGGUGGUGUUCUCUGUGGGGUAGGCAAAGACAGCCAAAAUAAAACAAUGGUGGUGGCAUGGAACACUUCAAAUGUCAGUAAAGGCGGAGAGGUGUCCAUAUUAGCCAAAGCACACACAGAUGUGGACAUCCACACACUGAAGGUUGCCUUAUUUGAUGAUACAAGGAUGGUGUCAUGCGGUCGUGACAAUGUUCGUCUGUGGCGAAUGCGUAAUGGGUCUCUGCGCUCUUGUCCAGUCAACCUGGCCGAGUACCACUCACUGGACUUCACUGAUGUGGCCUUUGAAGAAGAAAACUCUGCUGACCAUCAGCUUGAUGAUCGCACACUAUUUGUCAGCAGUCGAAGUGGCCACAUUCUAGAGAUUGACUACAGCAGAGUGGUCAUAAAAAAUGUCAGGAGGCUGCAGCCUGCACAGCAGCGACACACACACCGUAGGGAGAAAUUGACUCUUAACACAGGUCCAGGCAUUGCCAUCAACAGCAUCAGCGUGUCAUCGUCAUUCUGCGCCACAGGCUCUGAGGAUGGCUUCCUGCGGCUCUGGCCUCUUGAUUUCUCCACCGUCUUCUUGGAAGCUGAACAUGAAGGACCUGUGAGCCUGGUGUCAGUCUCAGCUGACAGCUUGCAGGUUCUGGCGGCCACCUCCACUGGUAACCUGGGUUACCUGGAUGUGAGCAGCCGUGGCUACAGCACGCUGAUGAGAUCACAUACCGACAGUGUGCUCGGCUUCAGUGUCGACGGCAUUCGCAGGCAUCUCACCACAGCCUCUCGCGAUGGCACUGUUCGCAUCUGGAAUAUGGAUUCCCUGCAUCAGUUGUAUGACUUUGUAUCAGAGGACAACCCCUGUUCAGUGGCCUUCCAUCCCAGCCUGCAGGUCUUCUCCUGUGGCUUUAGCUCCGGUGUCGUCAGGGUCUUUGACAUCUCCACUGCCAAAUUGCUGGCUGAACACAAGCAACACAGAGGUGAAGUGGUGGGCCUUGCCUUCUCUCCAGAUGGGGAUUUCAUGUACAGCGCCGGCUCCCUGGGCUCUCUUGCACUCUACAACUCCUCUGAGGAGGACCACAAUGUGAUCAGAGUACUGUGUAACGUGGUGGCCCGAGGCACUGAGCGCGCUCCAGACGCUCUCACAGUGAGCAGUGACAGCCGCUGUCUGGCAUUUGUCGGUCCCUCGGAGUACAUUGUCACCAUCGCUGACGCACGGUCUCUGGAUGAGCUGCUCCGUGUGGAUGUGAGUAUUUUGGACCUGGACACCACCAGUCUGGACUCUGCCUUGAAGGUCUGCUUCUCUCCAGCGUCAACUGCACACUUGCUUGUUGCCACCUCUGCUAAUAAGAUCCUCUGGGUCAGCACCAAGACAGGCCGUCUGCUCCGACAGGUGUCUAAGGUGCACAAACACCAGUGUUCAUCUCUGGCAGUGAGUGAGGACAGUCACUUCCUGCUGACAGCCGGACACAACGCGGUGAAAGUCUGGGACUACAACAUGGAGCUUGAUGUCAACUCACAGAUGUUCAUAGGCCACAGUGAGCCCAUUCGUCAGGUGAGCUUCACCCCUGACCAGCUGGGUGUGGUCUCAGUGGGGGAUGCCAUAUUUCUCUGGGACUUCCUUGCACAUCCUACAGAGUCUUUUACUGAUAGCCGCUCACCACUCAAACUAAGCCACGUCUCCCCUCCCAAAUCAGGACUAAAACAUCAACCAGAGGCUGAAGCAAAUGGGAUACUGCUGUCCAGUGGGAUUCCUCGACAGUCAGCGCCUCUUCCCUCCUCACCACCGCCACAUCUGGACAUCAGCGACAUAGACCAUGUUGACCAGGAUGCUUUGGGCUUCCUUUCUCAUCACGAUGAUGCCCAGAUCUCUCCACCCAUCCCGGUCCCAGCCACUGGGCCAGCUCCUUCCUCUGACUGCAAACCUGCUGUCUCCUUCCUCAAAGUCACAGAGCUGGCCAACUCCUCUCCACUGAAUACUAGUCAAGUGAACAAUGAGUUGAAAAAGAGGACACCAAUACGUCCAGACUGUUACAGACACUUCAAUCCACGUUUCAAGGCCUCUGCUCUUGAUCAGGCUGCUGUGGCUCCCCAGCCAGGCGAGGAAGGCAUGAGGCUGAAAGCAGUGAUUGGUUACAAUGGCAAUGGGCGUGGAAAUAUGGUGUGGAGCCCAGACCAAGGAUUGUUUAUGUACUCUUGUGGCAGUGUGGUUGUGGUGGAAUAUCUUCCCACGGGAUGUCAGAGACACUUGUUGGGCCACACUGAGGAGAUCUCCUGUCUGGCAGUCACAAACGACGCACAGACAUUGGCAUCAGCAGCAGGUGGCAGUAGUGGUAAAAGGACCCUCAUUUGCAUAUGGGACAUCCAGAAUGGAGUCUGCCGUAAUACCAUCUCCUACCACAGAGGGACGGUGCAGAGCCUUGCCUUUUCCAGGGAUGACCAGCUAUUCCUCUCUGUUGGAGACUUCUCUGAGCCUGAGGUGGCCCUGUGGAGCAGCAGGACCUUCCAGCUGCUGUCCAGUGUGAGAAUGUCAGGGCCAAUCCAUGAUGCCGCCUUCAGCCCCUCAGCAGCCAGCCAGCUGGCCUGUGUAGGCAGCUUGGGAGCUUUCUUCGGCCUCAUUCACACCGUGGGCCUGGAGGUGGACCUCAAGGUCCAGAGGGUGAAUCCCCCAGCGGAGUUGGGUGAUGUGGAGCUGACAUCUCUGUGCUACCACACUGACUCCAUGCUAUUCACUGCCACCAAUCGAGGACAUGUUUGUGUCUGGGACGUGAACACACAGUGCUGCCUCAUGACUUGGGAAGCUGACCAGGGAGAGAUUGGCGUGCUCCUGUGCCGGGGGAACUGUCUGUUGACUGGCAGCAACACCCGCUGGUUGCGACUAUGGGAGGUCAAAGCUGUGCAGGGCAUAAAACCUGGGGUAGCGGUUUCCAACAUAGAGGACAGUGGGGCUCUGGUGGUGCUGGAGCAAGAGAUUAUGCUGGACGGGACGAUAGUCAGUGCAGCUUUUGGUCAUGCAAUGGAUAUGGGCAUCGUUGGCACCACAGCAGGCACCCUGUGGUACAUCAACUGGAUGGAUAACAGUAGCAUCCGCCUUGUCAGUGGACAUAAGACCAAGGUGAAUGACAUGGUGUUCAGCCCAGACGAGAGCCACUUUGCUACCUGCGGGGAGGACGGCAGUGUGAGGGUGUGGUCGGCCCCCAACAAUGAGCUGGUGGUGCAGUUCCAGGUGCUCAACCAGGGCUGUGGCUGUGUAUGCUGGAGCCCCGUCCUGAGCUCUUCUGAAGGGAGUGCCUGUGUGGUAGCAGGUUACAGCGACGGGACCCUGAGGAUCUUCCAGCUUGCCUCUGCAGAGAUGGAGAUGAAGCUGCACCCCCACCACGUGGCUGUCACUGCCGUCCAGUACUCUGCUAAUGGUCAUGUGAUCCUCUCAGCGGGGAAGAAUGGCCUGGUUGCGGUCAGUAGCCCAGUGAAUGGAGCGACUGUUCGUGUUAUCAGGGACCACAAAGGUGCACCGAUCACUGCCAUCCAGUGUGUAAACAAACAGUACAAAGAAUUUGGACUGGAAGGAAAUGACAUGUGGUUGGCUGCCGGUGCAGACAGGCGGGUCAGUGUGUGGGCUGCUGAUUGGUUGAAGGACAAGUGCGACCUGCUGGACUGGCUGACAUUUCCUGCUCCUGCCUAUUUUGGGGAGGAUGACAGCCCUCCUCCGAGCCUGGCUGCCUUCUGUCCUGCAGACCCCAGCCUGGUGGUGUACACAGGUUAUGGAGUAGAGAAAGAGCUGUCCUACUACAGCCUGGUGAAGAAACAGAUAAUAAAAAAGAUUGCUCUGCCACACUGGGCCACAUGCUUUAGUCUCUCCAAGAUUCACCUCAUAGCCAUGGGAUCAAAAGGGCGAGUGUUGAAGUUGAUCGAGUCAAACAGUGGCAGAUUCCAGGACUUCCUCCACCACAGUGACUCCCUGCAGACGUGCCACUUCUCUCCCUCUGGCAGGCUCCUUUUCACCGUGGCUUACAACGAGAUCCUGCUGUGGGAGGUGCAGGGCCUCUAGACAGCCUCGCCUCUGUUUCUGAACUUGAGAUGAUGGUUUGUGUUUGAAAAAUGUUAGAUUUUAGAUAUAGACUGAUAACAGAACAGGGGUGGAGAUAAUGGAAGUGGUGUACAUUUCAAGUUGUUCCUUGUAAUGAAUGAACUUUUUUUUAUGAAGGCUUCAUUUUUUUAUUUCUUUUUUUUUAAAUGAUGUAAUUUUGUUGGUUCUUAGAGAAUUUUUUUUACAGCUUUUUAGAAAAAAAAAAAAUUUAUGAAGAUUCCUAUAACAUUUUAAACUGGUUGAAAGUCUUCCAUUCAUGCAUAUGGUUUCACAAGCUUUGAAAUACAUCUUGAAAUACACUUUUUUUG